UAGAAACGUGUCAGUUUCAAUAGUAGUGUCAAAGUUCACUAUAUACAGACAUUCGCGCGGAUCUCCGUUUCGGAAACAUUGCUCCGCCGCUCCUCCCGUCCAAACGCGUUCAUUUUUUUCGGGGGCUUCUUCUUUUUCUUUUUCUUCUCCUUCUUCUUCUCCUUCUUAUGCUUUCGUGCAUAUUCUAUUAGUUGUGUUGUGUUGUUUUCUCUCUCUCUCUCCCUCUCUCGCUCCCUCUGUUUCUCUCUCGCUCGCUCGCUCGCUCGCUCUCUCUCUCUCCCUCUCGCUCUUUAUCCUCGCUCCGUUCCGACUGGAAGAGGUGAAACUGCAUAGGCACUCGGGCGACGUUGUUGUUGGUGUGUGUGUGAGUGUGUGCGAGUGUGUGUGUGCGUGCGUGUGUUUUUUUGGGGUCUCUCUCUCUUUUUUUCUUUCUUUUUUUUCUUUUUUUUGGCUGGACCAGAUGAGCUUUAUUCAUGAACAUAGAUAGAGAAUUCCGCUCUUCGGCGUUUCCUUCUCUCCAGCAGCCGCGAAGACGGAGAAAGGAGCAGGCGAGGAAAAAAAGACGGGAAUUUAUCUCGCGCCGCACUUUGGAUCGCGGAUUCGCCGGAGAGAGCUUUGCUUUUCGCCUCGACGUCCACGCCAAGCGCACGGACUGAGGUGUUUUGCGCAAGACAAGAGACGAAUUCAUCAAAAAGCAACAACAACAAAAACAAGAAAAACUGUUUUUCGUCACGUUGUUUUGGGUUUUUUUUUCUGGGACUCGCUUUCUCCAAACGACCGGGGCUCCCGAAUGGCUGACUGCAAUUUACCGUGGAACUGGCCUCCCGACAGCUGCAUAUCCUGAUCGGGCUUUGCCUUCUUCCCCAUCCAGCUCCGGUUCAUUCUUUUUUUCCUCUUCUUCUUCUCCUGAUUUUUGAAUGCAUCGAUCGUUUUAGGCAUCUACUUUUUUCCCCCUUUUUCUCUUUUCCUCCUUUGCUAUGAGAUUGACCGCUCCGGCUUGACUCCGUUCGUCCGAGCUCCCUCUGUCUGCCUCUCUCUCUCUCUCUCUCCUUCGCUCUCUCUCUCUCUCCCUCCCUCCCCCCACCCCAGAGCCCCCCGCUUUCCCCCUGUCUUCCCAAGCUCCGAGAACCGAGCGAGCCGUGUUCGCUUGAAAGCACUUUUUUUCCUGGGCCCGAGAUAUGGCAAUGGUAGUUAGCGUCUGGCGCGAUCCGCAGGACGACGUGGCCGGUGGAGCCCCUAGCGGGCCCAACCCGGCGGCCCAGCCGGCGAGGGAGCAGCAGCAGGCGGCGUCAGCAGCGCCGCACACCCCGCAGACCCCCAGCCAGCCGGGACCGCCGUCCACCCCGGGCACGGCCGGAGACAAGGGCAGCCAGAACUCAGCGCAGAGCCAGCAGCACAUCGAGUGCGUGGUGUGCGGGGACAAAUCGAGCGGCAAGCACUACGGCCAGUUCACCUGCGAGGGCUGCAAAAGUUUCUUCAAGAGGAGCGUGCGCAGGAACUUAACGUACACAUGCCGUGCCAACAGGAACUGUCCUAUUGACCAGCACCAUCGCAAUCAGUGCCAAUACUGUCGGCUUAAGAAGUGUUUAAAAGUGGGCAUGCGGCGGGAAGCGGUUCAGCGAGGAAGGAUGCCCCCGACCCAGCCGAACCCCGGCCAGUACGCGCUCACCAACGGCGACCCCCUGAACGGCCACUGCUACCUCUCGGGAUACAUCUCGCUGCUGCUGCGGGCCGAGCCCUACCCCACGUCCCGCUACGGCAGCCAGUGCAUGCAGCCCAACAACAUCAUGGGCAUCGAGAACAUCUGCGAGUUGGCCGCGCGCCUGCUCUUCAGCGCCGUGGAGUGGGCCAGGAACAUCCCUUUCUUCCCCGACCUGCAGAUCACCGACCAGGUGUCCCUGCUCAGACUCACGUGGAGCGAGCUGUUCGUGCUGAACGCGGCGCAGUGCUCCAUGCCGCUGCACGUGGCGCCGCUACUCGCCGCCGCCGGCCUGCACGCGUCGCCCAUGUCCGCGGACCGCGUCGUGGCCUUCAUGGACCACAUCCGGAUCUUCCAGGAGCAGGUGGAGAAGCUCAAGGCGCUGCACGUCGACUCGGCGGAGUACAGCUGCAUGAAGGCCAUCGUGCUCUUCACUUCGGACGCUUGUGGCCUGUCGGACGCGGCGCACAUCGAGAGUCUACAGGAGAAGUCCCAGUGCGCUCUGGAGGAGUACGUGAGGAGCCAGUACCCCAACCAGCCCAGCCGCUUUGGCAAGCUCCUCCUGCGGCUGCCUUCUCUCCGCACCGUCUCCUCGUCGGUAAUUGAACAGCUGUUCUUCGUUCGCUUGGUAGGUAAAACUCCCAUUGAAACCCUCAUCAGGGAUAUGUUAUUAUCCGGGAGCAGCUUCAACUGGCCCUACAUGUCCAUUCAAUGAUCCCAAUGAGCGAGUAAAACAAAAAGAGAGAGAGAGACGUAAAGGACCAAAAAACUCUACAGCCCUCUUUCAAGAAGACUAUAUAUAGGACCUGCUUUCUGAUCACCUUGGAAGACAUUUUCUCUCUACUGUUUUUUUUUCUUCUGUUGUCUUCUCGGACCGAGAUGGAAUACGUAAUGUAUAAAGAUUAAAGAACUGGACUUUACUCCCUUGUAAAUCCAUCGCCAUCACCAAGAACACGCUCCAUUUUGUAAAAUACUAGUCUUUAUUUUCCUUUUUUUUUGUAAAAAAGAACAAAAAACCCACAAAAACAAAAUACGUACAGAUAAAUUGAAGAACAUCAUAUGCGCAGUAAAAAAUGAAUCAAGACUUAGCAGGAAAGUAAUGUUUCCAAGCAAUUAUAAGAAAUGUCCUGUGUCUAUGUAUCUCUGUUUUGUAUUUUUUUCUGGUUCUAAACCAGUUUUUUUCUGUGAUUCUAUACUAAUGAUUUUUGAUAUAACCUUUUGCUUCUUAUAAUGAGUGCGAUAUAUGUUGUUGAAGCUAUGUUCUCCAAGAAUUAAAAUUGAAGUGAGAAUUUAAAACGUUAAAAAAAAAAUAAAGAAAAUUUUAGACAAAUAAGAAACAGUCUAAUCGCAAUGACAAUAUCACUGAUGGUUGAACUUCCCCCUUCUUCCUCCCAAUUGAUGCUAUGGACAUGCAACUGCGGCAAAAAAAGAAAGAAAGAAAGAAUGAAAGAAAAAAGAGAGAAAGAAACAAAGAAAGAAAGAAAGAAAGAAAAAACUGACCUCAUGGACAUUUUAAGGAGAGGACACCGGUGAAACCUUUUCUUUUCUUGGUUGUGUGUGUGAGUGCGUGUGUUGAGUCAAUCAUCAGUCAAAGAGGAAAGACAUGAGAAAUCAAAAGCACUUUUAAUAUAUCAUUUUCAAAUACAUUUUGUUUGUUUCGUCUUGAUAUUUUCGUUGUUUCUUUUGUUUGUUUUGUUUUUGUUUUUUGUUUUUUUUUUUAAUUGGUUGUUGCUUCCAUUUUGCUCAACCCAUGAUAUGCUUGUGCAGAAGGGUCGCUUGAUGAAGUUGUGUGAUGGUGACUAUACUAUUAAAAAAGAAAUAGGCAACUAUGUCUCACUCUCA